AUGUUUGCUUGGGGCAAGGCUAUUGAAGGCCAAUUAGGUUUAGGUGGUAUCGACGAAAAUUGCAUUUUAAAGGCAACACACGUUGACUUAACGACGAACCAUACCAUCAAGUUAAUAAGUUGCGGAUUAAAUCAUACUAUUUUGCUUCUGCAAGAUGGUCAGAUCUAUAGUUGUGGUUCCAAUGAUUACGGCCAAACUGGAAGACAACGAAACAACAAACGAUUCGCACGUAUUGAUGCAUUCGAAUCUAUGCGAAUUACAAAUGUCUCGUCUAACGGUGCUAAUCAUAACCUGGCCAUAAAUGAUAAAAAUUGCAUCUAUGCUUGGGGCGAUAAUAGUGAUGGUCAACUUGGCGUCACUGAUCAAAAUUUAAAACAAUUUUAUCGCACUCCGAGGCAAAUUAAAUCAUUGUCCAAAUUCGCCGUUGUUCAAGUUGCUUGUGGACAAUCUCACAGUUUGGCAGUUAUUAACGAUGGUACGGUAUUCUCAUGGGGAAGCAAUCGAUAUGGGCAAUUAGGCAUUGACAGUAAUGUAUCUUCCGUUGAACCAAAGCAGAUACUAAAAUUAUCUGGAUUUUACAUCGUUCAGAUUGCCGCAGGUGGGGCACACAGUCUUGCUAUAACAAAUUCUGGUGCUUUAUUGACCUGGGGAAAGAAUAGUUUUGGCCAACUCGGUUUAGGAACUAAUGAUGGAGUUUUAUCACCAACAUGUGUAUCUAGUCUGCGAUCGCAACAUAUCGCUUAUGCUGCUUGCGGAGAAGACCACACUGCUGUCUUAACUAAGGAAGGUGGUGUCUUUACUUUUGGUGCUGGUAGCAGUGGACAGUUGGGUCAUAAUUCGCUUUCUCAUCAUUGCAGUCCUCAAAUGGUUGUUGAUUUAAUGGGCAUUGUCGUAACACAGAUUACUUGUGGCAGGUUUUAUGCUUUGCAACAGGAUGAAGUGUCAUUAGAUUAUACGAAAAAGAAUUUCUUCGAUACUCCCUUAUAUCUAUCAACUAGUACUUUCGAUACGCUAUGUAGAGAAAACCUUACUUCAAAGAAUUUAAGUUUAAUCUGUUCAUCAUAUUGCUGUCUUAAUGGAUCUUUUCCUAUAAUAAAUGGUGAUAAAUGGAGUAAAAAUGACAAUGGAAUGGAUCUAAUCGAAGCCAGACAAAUAAUGCGACAGAUAUCAAGAUUACCGAAACAAAUUUUACACGAUCUCCAGGCAACUUUAGUGGUAACAUUCCAACCGAACUUAAAUUUCUUUCAUUUGGAUCAAAUUCGAUUUUUGCUUUUAUUACCUGAAUUUACAAGCAUAACCGAUACCGAGGGCAAACGUUUCUUUGCCUAUAACUAUUGCAAAAUUGUCUAUAGUCUUCCUGAUCAGUUAAAAGAGGUCCUGAGUAAAUGGUGGUCAACCUUAGGAGCCGCUUAUUUCGUCCAUAUCGUAAAUGAGACUAGCAGGGAAAGAGAUAUGACAUGUUGUUUAGCUGUAUUGCUAUUAUUAAAUAAAUGUAACGAAAGUGCCGCCAUUAUAAGUUAUACGCAGUUUUAUUUAACUGAAAUCCUUCAAUAUAUCAACAUAGAGGAUGAUUACAUUCGCUGGGUGAAGAAUGUAAAGGGCCUGAUUUUUUGCCACUAUCCAUUCCUAUUAGAUACUUUAGUAAAAACUAGACUAUUAGAUCUUGACACUAAAAUUUUGCAGCAGAAUGUUAUGCAGGGAAUAGCUCGUUAUAACAUGAAUCAAAUUUUAUCAGUCAAUGGUACCAAUACAACUGUAGCACUUGUACAGCCAUUCUUAGUCUUGACAGUGAAGCGAGAAAAUUUACUACGUGAUACCUUGGAGCAGAUUAUCAGGUCUAGUCCGGAAACCUUUAGAAAGCCAUUAAAGAUUGAAUUCGUUAACGAAGAUGCUGUCGAUGAAGGCGGUGUAAGAAAGGAAUUUUUUUUAUUGAUUAUAAGAGAAAUUUUUGAUCCAAAAUAUGGAAUGUUUCAAGUCAUAGAAGAUUCGAAUAUGACCUGGUUCGCUGAUAAGGCGAAUAUUGACAUGAUUUCUACAUUCUUUAGAGGGUUACAAGAAUUAUUAGAUUAUGAAGGUGAAGAUGUUGAAGAUACUUUUGGACUAACUUUUCAGAUUUCGCGUGAAUACUACGGAUCAACUGAAACAAUUGAUUUAACUCGUGACGGCAGCAACGUACCUGUUACCAAAGAUAAUAGAUUAGAAUUUGUCAACGCUUACGUAAAAUUUGAACUCGAAGACUCUAUCAGUGAAUCGUUUAAUGCUUUUAAAGCGGGCUUCUUACAAGUUUACGGCGGGAAAGUCUUGGAACUAUUUCAUCCGGAAGAAUUACGCGCGUUACUUUGCGGCAAAGAAUACGUUGAUUUCAAUGAAUUAGAGAAAGUUACUGCAUAUCAAGGAGAAUUUUAUGAUGGUCACAUAACAAUUAAGUACUUUUGGGAGAUUUUUCAAGAGUUGACAUUGGAUAAAAAGAAAGCAUUCUUAACAUUCUUGACUGGAACCGAUCACGUUCCUGUUACUGGUGUAACAAGUAUGAAGUUGAUAUUUCAAAGUGUUCACGGUGCAGAUGAAGGGAAGUUGCCGGUAGCACAUACGUGCUUUAAUAUUCUCGACUUACCGGUUUAUAAAUCGAAAGAAACACUACGUCAGAAAUUACUCUUAGCGAUUGAAAAUAGUGCUGGAUUUGGCUUAGUAUAG